AUGAUUUAAUCAACUCUUCAUGAUAGGUGUGUGUAUGUAACUUAGUAUAAGUCUGAAACUACCCUUGAAUAGUUGAAAUAAGCAUUCUCUGAGUUCGGAAAGAUCGAAUAAUUAUAGCAAAAUGCCAAGUCAAAUGGAGUAUUCAUAGUAUUUGAUUCUCAUGAUGCAGUGAAAAAAGCAACAUCCAAGACAGUCACUAUAGAAGGAAAGAACUUGGAUGUCAAUGAAUACUUGGAUAUGGAUAAAUUGGAUGAAGAGGCAAAUAUAUUCAUAGAUGGAUUAAGUCCCACAACUACCCAAUUGUAAGUGAAAGAGAAAUUAUAAAAAUAUGGAAAGAUCUUGAAUAUCAAAGUUUAGAUGUCUGAUAAGGCUGGAGUGGCCUAUAUCUAGUUUGAGUAAAGGAAAUCCGCUGAACAAUGUCUGGCAGAUUAGGCAAAUUUGGGAUUGCAUAUCACAAGAGCAAUCAAGAAGGGUAAACUAUAACAAAUCAAGAGAGAUUAACUGUUCAUCUCUAAUAUCAAGUCCUAAUAACCCUUGGAUCAAAUUAAACCAUUGUUGGACAACUAUUUCUCUGAAUAUGGCAAAAUUGAAUCCAUCUAAGUCAAUGUAAAUCCCAAAAAUCAAACAUACUUUGCAUUUGUUAGAUUUGAAAAUUCAGAAGAUGCAUAUAAAGCAGUCAAAGCUUCCAAAACAUUCCAAAACCAAACUAUUACCAUUUAAUGGGCUGUCAAUUCAAAUGACAAUAUUGAAGCUAAUCUAUACACCAAAAACCUUAAACCCACAGUCACUGAACAAUAACUCAGAGAAGCAUAUGAAUCCAUCGUUGUUCUAGAUGAUAUUCAAUUAUUACCACCAAACAAAUCUAAUAAAUUAACAGCUUAUAUCUAUUUGAAAUCUGCUGAAGAUGGUAAAAAAGUCAUUGAUUUGGCUGUCAAAACUAAAAAAAUAUUUGAUCUGUAUGAUAAAUUGACUGUGCAAAUCUCUCCAAUGUUGAGUCCAGCAGAAAUUAUCCAAUUCAAAAAAACACAAUAGAAACCAGCCUUUUAACCUUAUCCUUAACCCAUUCCCUUCCCAUACUAAUAACCAUUCUAAGGAUAUCCAAACUAUCAAAACCCUCCCUAUGGUGCUUAUCCAUAAUAACCACCCCAAUAUCCUACUGGUUAUCCUCCUCAAUAACCCCCUUAUUAACCAGGAUUCACUCAAUAAUAAGGUAAUUAUAAUCCACACAGACCUAAGAGAAAUUAAUACUCAAAUCAAUAAUCUAAUCAAUAUCAUAACUAACAAAGACCACACCAACCAAGAAUGCCAGACUUGUAAUUCUUACAAAGUCUGUAAGCUUAAGGAAAUGAGAAAAAAAUCACUGCCAUAGUAGGAGCAAUCCUAUUUCCUUUAGUUAACCAAUAGGUUGAGUAAAAAUUGGCACCUCAAGUGACAGGAAUUCUAUUAGAUUUUGAAAAUUAUGGAUUGGAAGAUUAAUUUAAAAUGCUUUAGGAUGCAACUUAUUUGAACGAGUAAAUCAAUCAAGCUGUAGAUCUAAUAAGAAAAUCUUAUUGAGUAUAUAAAAUUAAAUAAAUGCAAAUAAAUAUUUAUUUCAAAC